UUACCAUGUCCAGGAAUGAUCCGAUUUCUCAGCAGACCAUGGUUACAAUGGUGAAAUGAGCCUGUUAUAAGCUGUGGAGUACAAUACAAUACAGACAUUUGAGUGACAGCCAUUUUUCGGUUGGUCAGCAGGUGUGUGUAAUGGACAGGUGUAAGCAUGUGGGGCGGCUGCGGCUUGCCCCAGACCACUCCAUUCUUAACCCCCAGAAGUGGCACUGUGUGGACUGCAACACCACAGAGUCUGUGUGGGCCUGUCUUGGCUGUGCUCAUGUGGCAUGUGGGCGAUACAUUGAAGAACAUGCCUUGCAGCACUUCCAACUACACCGCCACCCAUUGGCAAUGGAGGUCAAUGAACUAUAUGUUUUUUGUUACUUGUGUGAUGAUUAUGUCCUCAAUGAUAACAACACAGGAGACCUAAAGCUGCUUCGAAGUACACUUAGUGCAAUUCAGAGCCAGCACUAUGAAGUUACCACCCGCAGUGGUCGUACCCUUCGCUCUGCCACUGCUGUUCCUGAAAGCCUCUUGUCAUUUGGUGCCCAGGAACUGCAGUUGAGAGAUGAGGACCGGAUGUUCACUGCCUUAUGGCAUCGACGAAGAUCUCUUAUGGGACGCAUUUUCAGAUUUUGGUUUGGACUUACUGAAUGUGGAAAAAAGAGAGAGGAGGAGGAGAGAAAGAGGGAAGAAGAUGAGGAGCAAAAAGCAGAGGCCAGAGAGCGAAGGAGAGCACAAAAAAGGCAGAUGCAGGAAGAGUUGGACAAUGCCCCUCUCAGAAAAAGUCAGCGAUUGCGGCGCAAAAGCAAAAGACUUGUGGAUGCAGCAAUAAUGAUACCUCCCACAACCAAACUUGCUAAACCCUCUUCUGCACCCAAGUCACAAACUCGAAGGCCUACUACUCCAACUACAAAGAAAGUUCAAAAGACGCAAAAGGUCCAGCAAAUUCCCAAAACCAGAAACCGCUCUUCAACCAAAUCUAAAGCCAGAACAUCCACAACUCGUACACCACAGCCAUCUGCACGCCGCAAGCAGAGUAAAAAGCAGAGUACCAAACAGAGUGGCUCCCCAUUAAAACGGCGGCCCACAGUCACACCUGGUGUGACAGGUCUGAGAAACUUGGGCAACACUUGCUAUAUGAACUCCAUUUUGCAAGUGCUCAGUCACCUAAAUAUUUUCAGGGAGUGCUUUUUGCGCCUGGAUCUAACACAAGCACUGGAACUUCUUGCAUCUGCUGCAGGAAAAGCUUCACCACACUCACCCUUUGCCCAAAAGAGGGGACCUCUGGCCAGUUCAGGCUCCGGUCCAGGACUGAGUGGUGGGUCCUCACGAGGCCGGAACAUGGAGCUUAUACAGCCCAAAGAGCCAAGCUCGAAGCACAUCUCCCUCUGUCACCAACUGCACACUUUGUUCCAAGUUAUGUGGUCGGGGAAGUGGGCGCUGGUUUCACCCUUUGCAAUGCUCCAUUCAGUGUGGCAGCUGAUCCCUGCUUUCAGGGGCUAUGCUCAGCAGGAUGCUCAGGAGUUCUUGUGUGAACUGCUGGACAAGGUGCAGCAUGAGCUGGAGAGUGCUAGCAACAAUACAAACUCUGGGGGUGUACCACAGCCACAGAAACGCCUCAUCAAACAGGUGCUGGAUGUGGUCAAUACAGUUUUUCAUGGCCAGCUCCUUAGUCAGGUGACAUGCCUAGCCUGUGAAAAUCGAUCUAACACUGUGGAGCCUUUUUGGGACCUAUCUCUGGAGUUUCCUGAGCGCUAUCACAGCAAUAGUAAAGAGUCUGCAGCACAGGCGUCCUGCCAUUUGACAGAAAUGUUGGCCAAGUUUACAGAGACUGAGGCCCUAGAGGGAAGCAUUUACGCUUGUGACCAGUGCAAUUCUGCUCGACGCCGUAACUCCUCCAAACCAGUUCUCUUGACGGAAGCACAAAAACAACUUAUGGUGCACAAAUUGCCCCAGGUCCUGCGGCUUCAUCUCAAACGUUUUAGGUGGUCUGGACGAAACAACAGGGAGAAGAUUGGAGUACACGUCAGUUUUGACCAGCUUCUUAAUAUGGAGCCUUACUGCAGCCUUGAGGCCUCUCCUAAAGUCUCACCCUACUCCAGUAACAGCAAUCCCAGUUCUUCACGUCCGAAGCACUUCUAUGAACUGUCUGCUGUAGUGAUGCAUCAUGGGAAAGGUUUUGGGUCCGGCCAUUACACAUCAUACUGCUACAACUCAGAAGGGGCUUUUUGGGUUCACUGUAACGAUUCAAAGCUGAAUGUGUGUUCAGUGGAGGAGGUAUGUCGAGCACAGGCCUACAUCCUCUUCUACACACGUGUAACUCAGGACAAGGACCGGCCACUGUAGCAUUGUCCCAACCCUCCACAAAACUGGAUUCCUCUGAAAGAUGGUGUCUGGACAGCAGCCACAGGUGUCCUUAUUCCUAUGGGCAUUUUAUGAAUUAAGGCGAGGUUUUAAGUAUAUUUUUACAUGAGUAAAGGGAGAGGAAGGACUCCUUUUUAUAUAGAUUUCUGCUUUGUGAGUAUUGUAUAUUGUGUUUAUAUGUAGGUAUUUUUUUAAUUGAUAUUUGAUUUUUGUACAGUUUAAUUUUAUAAAGAGAAUGUUCACAAAGAUAUACUUGUAUAGCAGCUAAAUACAAAUGUCACCUAAUGUAUUUGUGUAUACCCAAUGUGGUGGAUGUCAUACUGACCCUAAACUCAUUUGGUCUUUUACCAAGAACACACUGCCAGAUGGAGGGUUGUAGAAUGUUCAUAGUUACUGUAACCAGUUUUUAAGGUGCAUACUUUCACAGUUAGCCCUUACAGAAGUGCACUACAUUAUAGCUACCCUGAACCUUCAUUUGAGUAAUUUGUGAACAAUUGUCUGAUCCCAUCAAUUGGAUAUGAGAAAAUGUAUCCUAUUACCCAUUCUCUUCUAAAGAAUGAGAAUUUUAUAAAUUAAGAUAUUAACUUUGAAAGUGCCCUUUUUUGACUAAAGCUAUAUUUUGGUGCAAAUGGAUUCUGCUUUGUGGCAGUCCCCUUCAUACCUGCAUUUAGAAAAGAAUGUAUUUUUUUACUGAAAUGCUCAGAGGUUUGAGACACCUGUUUUACUAAAUAUUCAUCUUUGCUGAUUGUUGUACAUCACCAGCAAGUGUACAUACUGUAUUUAGCAGUCAAUACAAAUUGUAUUUAUCUAGCCUUUUUCAACCAUGUUUUGUUCUGUCAAUGAAAGGAAAUUCAAAGCACACUUUUCUAUCGAGUUUUUGUAACUUUGGAACUUGUACUAUGCAAAUUCGUACCUCAAUUUCUAUAGAAAUUACCUCAAUAAAUGAAAGUAUUUUUUUCAUUUUUUUAAA